AUGCCACCUAAUUUCCCCUCGGAUGCUCCCAGCAGUAAUCGUGUAUCCAAUUCAUCGCCUCCUCCAUCGUCAUUGGGUGGCGGGUUUGGUAGUAGUAGUGGUUUUGAAAACGAAUCUCAGAUAGGUUCGAGAAAUCAGUUCCCCAGCUCAUCACAAAACCAACCAUCUGGUGCUCCAGGCCCAACGUCGUCUUCAAGAUUUAGUUCUCAAAAUCAAUUUUCUGAUAGCCAACCCAAUGAUGUGGAUGCAGAUCUGCCGAUGCAAGGUCUUAGAAGAAGGGCGAUUAAUCAUGUCAAGAAAGUGGAUGAUAUGACAGGUGAAAAGGUAAGAGAAGCAUUUGAACAGUUCUUAGAAGAAUUCUCUGUGAAUUAUUCCGAAUCAGGUGAAACCGAUAAAGUUUAUCUAGCACAAAUCGAAUUUAUGAAAAUUUACGAUCUAAACACCAUUUACAUCGAUUAUCAACAUUUAUCGCUAAGAGAAAAUGGUGCAUUGGCGAUGGCUAUUUCAGAGCAAUACUAUAGAUUCUUACCGUUUUUGGUCAAAGGGUUAAGAAGAGUCAUUAGGAAAUACGCACCAGAUCUAUUGAUUACGGGUGAUACACCUAGAAGAUUUACACAAGAUGAGGACGAAGAAAUUAGAGAUACUCAAGGUACUAGUCAAAAUCCUGACAGUGGAAUGUUUUCGUCUUCUGGUGGUAAUAACGAAACCGGUACAGCUACCGCUAGUGGAAGUACUUCACCGGAACAAACCGAACGUGUAUUCCAAAUAAGUUUUUUCAACUUACCAACAGUUCACAGAAUUCGUGAUAUAAGAUCUGAGAAGAUUGGCUCUCUAUUAAGCAUAUCAGGGACAGUAACAAGAACGUCAGAAGUGAGACCCGAAUUGUACAAGGCAAGUUUUACCUGUGAUCUGUGCCGUGCCAUAGUGGAUAAUGUAGAACAAGCAUUUAAAUAUGUGGAACCAAGUUUUUGUCCCAAUCCUUCCUGUGAAAAUAGGGCUUUUUGGACCUUAAACGUAUCUCGUUCUAAAUUCAUCGAUUGGCAAAAGGCAAGAGUUCAAGAAAAUGCUAAUGAUAUCCCAACAGGUUCCAUGCCACGUACGCUGGACGUCAUUCUAAGAGGUGAAUGUGUGGAGAGAGCCAAACCUGGUGAUCGUUGUAAAUUUACAGGAACAGAAAUUGUUGUACCUAAUGUGAGCCAAUUGGGACUCCCCGGUGUAAAACCUUCUUCUACUUUAGAUACAAGAGGUAUCAGUCGAAGCAGUGAGGGUUUAAACAGCGGUAUUGGUGGAUUGAAAGCUUUGGGUGUACGUGAUUUAACAUAUUCCAUAAGUUUUCUUGCAUGUCACGUCGUAAGUGUGGGUUCCAACAUUGAUAGUAAUAAAUCCGAAUCUAAUAGUGAAAAUGGAUUGCAAAUGGCUAACAACUUACAAGCAAGUAACUUAUACCAAGAUUAUGAAAAGGACCAAGAAGUGUUUCUAAACAGUCUAAACAGUAAUGAAAUUAAUGAACUGAAAGAAAUGGUUAAGGAUGAGCACAUUUAUGAUAAAUUGGUGAGAUCAAUAGCGCCAGCUGUCUUUGGUCAUGAGCCCCUCAAGAAGGGAAUUCUUUUACAAAUGUUAGGUGGUGUUCACAAGAGUACUGUAGAGGGAAUCAAAUUGAGAGGAGAUAUCAACAUUUGCAUCGUUGGUGAUCCGUCAACUUCCAAAUCUCAAUUCUUAAAAUACGUGACAGGCUUUGCCACCAGAGCUGUGUAUACUUCUGGUAAGGCAUCCUCUGCGGCAGGUUUGACUGCUGCUGUUGUGAAGGAUGAAGAGGGUGGUGAUUAUACCAUUGAAGCGGGUGCCCUAAUGCUUGCGGACAAUGGUAUCUGUUGUAUUGAUGAAUUCGAUAAGAUGGACAUUUCAGACCAAGUUGCAAUUCACGAGGCAAUGGAACAACAGACAAUUUCUAUUGCUAAAGCUGGUAUUCAUGCUACUUUAAAUGCGAGAACUUCUAUUCUGGCGGCGGCAAAUCCCGUCGGUGGUAGAUACAACAGAAAACUAUCACUAAGGGGUAAUUUGAACAUGACAGCUCCUAUCAUGUCAAGAUUCGAUUUAUUCUUCGUAGUUUUAGAUGAUUGUAAUGAAAAGAUUGACACGGAAUUGGCAUCUCACAUUGUUGAUCUACACAUGAAGAAAGACGAUGCUAUUGAUCCACCUUACAAUGCAGAUCAGCUUCGCCGUUAUAUCAAAUAUGCCAGAACAUUUAAACCAAUCCUUACGGAAGGUGCACGCGAAUUCCUCAUUACCAAGUAUAAGGAAUUGAGAGCAGAUGAUGCCCAAGGGUUUAGCAGAUCGAGUUACAGGAUUACAGUAAGACAACUUGAAAGUAUGAUUAGGUUGUCAGAAGCGAUUGCCAGAGCCAAUUGUGUUGAUGAAAUUACUCCGACGUUUGUUGCAGAGGCUUAUGAUCUGUUGAGACAGAGUAUUAUCCGUGUGGACGUGGAAGACAUUGAAGUGGAAGACGACGAAGAGUUAACCGCUGAUGGUCAAGAGCCGGUCGAACAACAAGCACAAGAACAACAACUACAAGAACAGCAAAUACAGGAACAACAACAGCGUGAGGUAAGUACUGAUGGAUCUUCACCAAGUGCAAGUAGAACACCUUUCUUGAUGCCGCCCCCUCAAAAAGAUAGAUCCAAGACCAAAGUAUCCUACGACAAAUACGUUUCAAUGAUGAAUUUAAUCGUUCACAAGAUUGCUGAAGUAGAAAGACAUGAUGGUAGAGAAUUGACAGCUACUGACAUUGUAGACUGGUAUCUUUUGCAGAAGGAAAAUGAUUUGAAUUCUGAAGGCGAAUAUUGGCAAGAAAGAAAACUAGCAUUUAAGGUGUUGAAACGAUUAGUGAGAGAUAGAAUUCUUAUGGAGAUCCACGGUACAAGACAUGAAUUGGGCAUUGGAUCUAUGGAAGACCCAACGGAACAAACGCCUCAGUCUAAUCCGCAAAGCGUAGUUUACGUGAUCCAUCCAAACUGUGAAAUGUUAGAAACAAUUGACCACGAGGAAGGAGAAGACGACCAGGAGGGUCAACAGUCGUGA